CGAGUGGCACUACGGGGUGCUGUGGGCAGAGGUGUCGCGCACAGGGAGCAGCUCCCGGUGAGUGCCAGUGGCAGCGCUGGGCUGUGCCAUGCCGUGGUGGGGGUCCGCAGCCCCCGGUGCCGCGGGGCCGGGAGCGCGCUCCCCUUCCCCCUUACGGGAGCCAUGAAAGAGGCUCUGUGCGCCCGGCCGCUCCCCUGGCCGGUGCGGCCGUCUGGCUGCGGCAUGAAAGGGCUUUUCAGGAGGCCUCCGCCCUGCCCCCGCCAGGAAACCGGAGCCGGGGGGGGCAGCCCGCGGCCGGACGCACAAUGCCCCUCUGUGCCGGGCACCUGGGGCGGCCACCGUGGCCCCCCGCCAGGUCCCCACCCAGGGGUGCAACCGGCUCAGGAGAGCGGGAUGUUCCCUCGUGGAGGUGGGUGGAGGGGGCCAGGAUGCCCCAUGAGCCCUCAGACUGGAAGUCCCCGGCUGGGGCAGCCGCCCUCCGUCCUGCCCCCAUUCCCGGUGCCCGGAGCGCACCGGUUGUCCCCGGUCCGUCCCCCUGCUGCCGACUGCUCCGACCGGUCCGGCUUCACCCGUGGUGCCGGAGCGUGACCAAGCCCGAGGGGCACAGCUGGGGGCCCAAAGCGCUGCGGUACCUGGGUGGAGCUGGCGAGGCACUGGGAGCACUGGGCUGCUGUGGGUGGGGAGGCUGCCCCGGCCUCACAGGUGACCCCAGUCGGGAAGUGUCCCCACGUGCCUGUCCCCAGUGGCUGAGCACCCUCAAGCUCAUUGCAGAGGUGGGAAACCGAGGCAGCGGCUCCGGUUCCCAGCGCUGGCGUUUCUCCCGCAGGAAGCAGCCGCCGGCCCCAAAGGGACCGGCUCCCGACCCGCCCCCCGUCCUCAAGGUCUUCAACAGACCCAUCCUCUUCGACAUCGUCUCCCGGGGGUCCCCGGCAGGCCUGGAUGGGCUCCUGUCCUUCCUGCUCACCCACAAGAAGCGCCUCACGGACGAGGAGUUCCGAGAGCCCUCCACGGGAAAGACCUGCCUGCCCAAGGCCCUGCUGAACCUGAGCGGGGGCAAGAACGACACCAUCCCCAUCCUCCUGGACAUCGCCGAGAAGACGGGAAACAUGCGGGAGUUCAUCAACUCGCCCUUCAGGGAUGUCUACUACCGAGGCCAGACAGCCCUGCACAUCGCCAUCGAGCGCCGCUGCAAGCACUAUGUGGAGCUGCUGGUGGAGAAAGGAGCAGACGUCCAUGCCCAGGCCCGCGGCCGCUUCUUCCAGCCCAAGAGCGAGGGCGGCUACUUCUACUUCGGUGAGCUGCCCCUCUCGCUGGCCGCCUGCACCAACCAGCCGCACAUCGUGCACUACCUGACAGAGAACGGGCACAAGCAGGCGGACCUGCGGCGCCAGGACUCCCGCGGCAACACCGUGCUGCACGCCCUGGUGGCCAUCGCCGACAACACCCGCGAGAACACCAAGUUUGUCACCAAGAUGUACGACCUGCUCCUCGUCAAGUGCGCCAAGCUCUUCCCCGACACCAACCUGGAGGCCCUGCUCAAUAACGACGGCCUCUCGCCGCUCAUGAUGGCAGCCAAGACCGGCAAGAUCGGGAUUUUCCAGCACAUCAUCCGGCGGGAGAUCACAGAUGAGGAUGUCCGGCACCUCUCCCGGAAAUUCAAGGACUGGGCGUACGGCCCCGUCUACUCCUCCCUCUACGACCUCUCCUCUCUGGACACUUGUGGGGAGGAGGUGUCCGUGCUGGAGAUUCUCGUCUACAACAGCAAGAUCGAGAACCGCCACGAGAUGCUGGCCGUGGAGCCCAUCAAUGAGCUGCUGCGGGACAAGUGGCGCAAGUUUGGGGCUGUCUCCUUCUACAUCAGCGUGGUGUCCUACCUCAGCGCCAUGGUCAUCUUCACCCUCGUCGCCUACUACCGCCCCAUGGAAGGCCCCCCGCCCUACCCCUACACCAGCACCGCCGACUACCUGCGCCUGGCCGGGGAGAUCAUCACCCUCCUCACUGGAAUCCUGUUCUUCUGCACAAACAUCAAAGACCUGUUCAUGAAGAAGUGCCCGGGUGUGAACUCCUUCUUCAUAGAUGGCUCCUUCCAGCUGCUCUACUUCAUCUACUCGGUGCUGGUGAUUGUCACGGCGGGGCUGUACCUGGGUGGCAUCGAGGCCUACCUGGCCGUCAUGGUCUUUGCACUGGUCCUGGGCUGGAUGAACGCCCUGUACUUCACCCGCGGGCUCAAGCUGACGGGGACCUACAGCAUCAUGAUCCAGAAGAUCCUCUUCAAAGACCUGUUCCGCUUCCUCCUGGUCUACCUGCUCUUCAUGAUUGGCUACGCCUCAGCCCUGGUAUCCCUCCUCAACCCGUGUCCCAGCAGCAAGUCCUGCAGCGAGAAGUCCAACUGCACGGUUCCCACCUACCCGUCCUGCCGGGACAGCCAGACCUUCAGCACCUUCCUGCUCGACCUCUUCAAGCUCACCAUUGGCAUGGGCGACCUGGAGAUGCUCGAGAGCGCCAAGUACCCCGGCGUCUUCAUCAUCCUCCUCGUCACCUACAUCAUCCUCACCUUCGUGCUCCUCCUCAACAUGCUCAUCGCCCUCAUGGGGGAGACCGUGGGCCAAGUCUCCAAGGAGAGCAAGCACAUCUGGAAGCUGCAGUGGGCCACCACCAUCCUGGACAUCGAGCGCUCCUUCCCAGUGUUCCUGCGGAAAGCCUUCCGCUCGGGGGAGAUGGUCACUGUGGGGAAGGGCACGGACGGAACCCCUGACCGCCGCUGGUGCUUCAGGGUGGACGAGGUGAACUGGUCCCACUGGAACCAGAAUCUGGGCAUCAUCAGUGAGGACCCGGGCAAGAGCGACACGUACCAGUACUACGGCUUCUCCCACACCAUGGGCCGCCUGCGAAGAGAUCGGUGGUCGACGGUGGUACCCCGCGUGGUGGAGCUGAACAAGAGCUGCCCGCCGGAGGAGGUGGUGGUGCCCCUGGGGACCGUGGGCACAGCGGAGCCGCGGGAGCGGCGGCACGGCCAUGCCCCAAACUCCCCGCUCUAGCCCGGCAGCACCGGCAGCUGAUGGACUCUGCCCGGGCCCCCGGAGCGGCUCCAGAAUCGCGACCGGGCUGGAUGGUGCUUGUCUGCUCCUCAGGGAUUCGUGCAGCCUCUGUCCCUCCGGCAGCCGCUGUCCCGGCGGGUGUCCAGCCCGGGUGGGGGGGCCUGGCCCUGCCCCGGCGGGGCCGGUGGUCUCGGCUCUCACCGGCGAGCUCCAGUGCCACCGCUUCGCUUUGCUGUGCCGGGGCCGUGGCUGUGCCGUGCCAGGAGCCUCGGCCCGGGGUGGGGAGCACGGCCCCCGCCGCCCACCAGGGCCGAUGGUUUUGCCACAGAGUUUUGCACAAGAUUUAUACGACUAUUUAUUUAGUAAUAAAGACUGACCCGCCACCGCC